CAAAUUUACAAUGAGGCACAGCACAGGUGAAGACUUUUCAUGAGUGAGUGAGUGAGAGACAGACAGAAAGAGACACCCUUUUGCUUGCUUGAUUCCUCAUCUGUCAAGAUAGCUAGAUUAACAGGAUAUAUAUUUUGGGGGGUGAUCUAAUAGACAAUUAGCAAUGUUGGGUCGGUCUGCGUUUUCCAGAACUGGAAGUUUCCGGCCAGAAAAUUUAGGGCAGAAUGCCAUGGCCAUGAUUGGGAAUGUUUGCUUCUCCGUGUUUGUUAUUGGGGUCUUGGUGUUUACCAUUAUAGCUGCCACUUAUGAACCAGAGGAUCCCUUGUUUCACCCUUCAACCAAGAUCACUACAUUCCUAACUUCCAAAUCCAAUGCCACUUUUAAGUCUGAUAACACUGUUGUUAGAACUGGGGAGGAUUUUAUGGCUGCCAAUGAAACUGUAUUUGGCUCUAUUAUUAACAUGGCCGAUGUUGAUAACUCAGUUAACACCCAAUCCGGUGAGACUGAGACUACUGCCUCUCAAUGUGAGGGCAAUGCGGGAGGCCCUAUUGAUUGUAGGGACCCGGAGGUGUUUCAUAUGAUGAUGAGGGCUACUAUUGAGAAGUUUAAGGAUAUCCAUUUUUACCGAUUUGGGAAACCUGCUCCUGGGUCCAAUGAUAGUACUUGCGAUAUGGCGUGGCGGUUUAGGCCUAAGGAUGGGAAGGCUGCUGCUUUUUAUAAGGAUUAUAGGAGAUUUGUGAUUGAUAGGUCUGAGAAUUGUACACUUAGUGUUGUUAGCAUUGGGGAAUACCAUUCUGGUGGAAAUGCAAGGAAGAGGAAGAAGAAUCAAAAACCUGGGCUAGAGAAGUCGCCACCAAAGCUGGACCAGGUGAACUUAUUGCCUGUUGUUGGAGAGUUUGUUAAUGACAGCCUCCCUGUAGUUGAAUCUGAGAGUUCAUUUAGUCAUGGUAAAUACUUGAUUUAUAUGGGUGGUGGAGACAGGUGUAAGAGCAUAAAUCAUUACUUGUGGAGUUUCUUGUGUGCUCUUGGGGAAGCUCAGUAUCUAAACCGAACAUUGGUUAUGGAUUUGAGCAUAUGUCUGUCUUCGAUUUACACAUCUUCAAAGCAGGAUGAGGAAGGCAAAGACUUCAGGUUUUAUUUUGAUUUUGAGCAUUUAAAGGAGGCCGCCUCUGUAUUGGACAAGGAACAGUUUUGGGCAGAUUGGAAAAAGUGGCAACAAAAAGAUGGGAUGGCUCUUCACCUUGUGGAGGAUUUCAGGGUCACACCCAUGAAGCUUAUGGAUGUGAAGGAUGCUUUAAUCAUGAGAAAGUUUGGAUCUGUUGAGCCGGAUAACUAUUGGUAUAGAGUCUGUGAAGGAGAGACAGAAUCUGUUGUUCAAAGGCCAUGGCAUUUGAUAUGGAAAUCAAGGAGGUUGAUGGAUAUAGUGUCUGUCAUAGCUUCAAGGUUAAACUGGGAUUAUGACUCUGUUCACAUUGUGAGAGGGGAGAAGGCAAGGAACAAGGAGCUUUGGCCUAAUCUUGAUGCACAUACCUCACCUGAUGCACUUCUCUCAACCUUGCGGGACAAGAUUGAUGAAGGAAGAAACCUCUACAUAGCAACAAAUGAACCUGAUACGUCUUUCUUUGAUCCUCUGAAAGAUAAGUAUACCACUCAUUUUCUGGAUGAGUAUAAGGAUCUUUGGGAUGAAACUAGUGAAUGGUACUCCGAGACAACUAAACUCAAUAACGGUAUUCCUGUAGAAUUUGAUGGUUACAUGAGAGUAUCCAUUGAUACAGAGGUGUUCUUGAGAGGUAAAAAGCAGAUUGAAACUUUCAAUGAUUUGACGAGUGAUUGCAAGGACGGUAUUAAUACCUGUAAUGUUGCAGCAAACUAAAUUUCUGUGAGACUUGAAAAUUCAAUGUUUUAUACGUUGAAAAAUACUCACGUGUACUUUUAGCUGUUAUAUGUGUUGCAUUUGAGAAUUUGUAACCUUUAUAGUCUUAGCAGUGAGAGUAAAGUUGUUUAGUUUUGUAUUGUAAGAGUAGUAUUUACUUGGAAGUUUUGAAGUGUUCUUAAUUGAAAUUUGUUUCGUUUUUAAAUUAUUAUUAGCCGUUUGGGGGAGGCUGGAACAAAACUGCUUAUGUUAGACCUUGUUUUUCAUGUUGUACUUUCCCCAUUUGCUUU